AUGGUGGACCUCAGGUGCACAUUGCUCAUGCGUGUAGGUGGUAGACUUGUCAGGGGUUUACAGUCAGAAUACUUGAAUAGGGUUAUUGCCGAAACAAAGGUAGACCCAGAUUCCUUCAGCUUUUAUGAGUUGAUGGAUAUAAUUAGGCAAAUAGGGUACAGAUUAACAGAUAGUAAUGGAGUAACGGAACAAGUAACUGUGUAUUAUAAACUUUCAAUGCAUGACAUGAAUGAUGGAUUAGUUAACUUGACAUCUUAUUAUGACAUGCUUGAAAUGUUUGCAGUGCAUUCUUCUGGUGAGAAGUAUAUGGUUAUUGAUCUAUAUGUUGAUUGUCCCAAUGUGGUAGAGUCUGACGAGGAUCGUGAGCCAGAGGUGGAGGUGAUAGGUAGAGAUAGAAAUACUAAUGCAGACCCUAGCUCCAUAACUGAAUUAGGAGGUGGUUUAGAAAUAGGAAAUGGUCAGGGGGGUGGUGAAUUACAAGGAAUUGAACACGUAGAAGAACCAGUUGUUGAUGAAGAGGGGGAGGGAGUAGGUAAUGAAUGUGUGACUGCAGAUGAAGACGGAGAAAGAGUAGGUGCUCAAAUGGAUGAGGAUAGUGAGUCAGACUGUGAGUGGCAGCCUAAUGAUGAUAGUGAAACUUCUUGUGACUCUUUUAGUGGGGUAGAGGAGUCUUCUGAUGAAGAGGAAGAGGAGAACAUAGCCUUGGUUGGUCUAGGUACCUAUAACCUUCAAACAGAAUGUGGUGAGAGGGAUUCUGAUAGUGAUGAAAAUGAGUUGGUUGAGGAAGGUGAAGAUGGAAAGCCUAUUUUAUGUGAGUUUAAAGACUCUUGCAUGAAGAACCCCCAAUUAAUAGAAGGGAUGAAGUUUCCUAAUGUGAGGGUGUUUAGAAAAUUGUUGAGGGAAUAUCAUAUAAAGGAGGGGUACACAUUUAAAUUCGUGAAGAAUGAAUCUACGAGGGUGACUGUCAAAUAUGCAUUUGAUUAUGGAUUUAGACUUCAUGCCUCUCCCAUGUAUGAUGAGAAAUCAUUCCAGAUAAAAAAUAUUUGGCAACAACAUACUUGUACUAGAAACUACACAAAUAAUAAUGCAACUUCUUCUUGGCUUUCCAAUAAGUACUUAGCCAAACUAAAUGAUGCACCGGAGACUAAGGUCAAAUCAAUGAAGAAUAUUGUGAGGAGGGAGUGGCUCAUUAAUGUUUCAGAGUAUAAGGUGUAUAGGGCAAAGAGAAAGGCACUUGAAAAGAUUCGGGGAGAUCAUACUGAACAAUACAAAAGGUUGUGGGACUAUUGUGAGACGGUGAGAAGGCGGAACCCAGGUAGCAUGGCUAAAAUUAAGAUGGACAGACCUUGUGAUGGACAAGUUCCAUUUUUUCAGAGGAUGUUCAUAAGUUAUGAUGCACAGGUGAAGGGUUUCCUAGCAGGUUGCAGACCAAUCAUUGGAUUGGAUGCUUGUUUUCUGAAAGGUCCAUUUGGGGGUCAACUUCUGCAUGCAGUGGCAAGAGAUGACAACAAUCAGAGCUUCCCUUUGGCCUUUGUUGUUGUGGAGUCAGAAACCAAAGAUGCUUGGACUUGGUUCAUGGGAUUAUUAGAGGACUUAAUUGGGAAUCCAGAGGAAAUGGGCUGGUGCUUCAUGUCUGACAGGCAAAAGGGGUUGACUCAAACAUUUGCAGCAAAGUACCCUACUGUAGAACAUAGGUACUGCAUUAGGCACAUGUAUUCAAACUUCAACAAGUUGUACAAGGGGAAGGAGUGGAAAGACCUCAUGUGGCAGGCUGCAUCAGUUUACACAAUCCAAGAGUUUGAGGAGAAGAUGAGAGAAAUUAAAGAGAUUGAUGAGACUGCCUAUGAGUGGUUGAUGAGGGAAGAGCCAAGAACAUGGGCUAGGUGCAUGUAAAGUGGAAGGGCUAAGUGCAAUAGAAUGGAUAAUAACACAAGUGAAGCUUUCAAUCGAGCUAUCAAAGAUGCAAGAGACCAACCAAUCCUUACCAUGGCUGAAACUAUUAGGAGAUACUUAAUGACAAGGUUACAACAUAGAUGUGACCUGUGC